AUUCCUUUUACUUCUACUCUUUCUCGACGGACAACGCUUCGUUGCUGUUUCCAAAUUUCGUGCUUAUAAAAAAGCGAGGUUUUUCGUCGGAUUGUUUUCUUUGAUUAUACUUUCAUCAUUUUUAUCGCUGGUUUCAUUGUUUUAUUGAAAUAGGCUUCGUUUUGCACUUUCUGUGCUAAAAGUCCUUUUUACUCUUGAGAAAGAGUGAACCACUAUUACUAAGCAAGUAUUCUUUAAUACUGCUACAAACGUCGUCUGUGGGAUUGACGGAUCCUGUAUUUUAAAGGACUUGUCGCCUCCUCCCAGAGACCAUAAUUCUCUGAUAGUUAGACAUUGCUGAAGCUUUUUCUAGUGCUUUCUUGUCUAUUUCUUUACUUUGUGAUUUUUUUGUUGGUUUUUCCUUACUUUUUGUGAUAAUUCUCUUUGAAGCAUUUCUUUAUUCUGCUUCAUCGAUAUUUGCUUUUUGUGUUUCCUAUCGGUUGGUCCAUUUCGAAUUCUCAGUCCAUCAUUUCCAUUACCUAAGUUAUGUCGAGAUUCAGUAGAUUUAUGACUCUUUCUCAAAAAGCUCUUCCAAGGACGUCUUCGUGUUUGAACCGCCCUUGGACUCGAGCUGGCGGCGUCGCCUCCUCACGCUUGUUCUCUUCGAGCUGCUCUCGUUUUUCUACUUCUCCUUCUUCCCAAGACCCUUCUAUCCUUAAAUCCUCGGUUUCUCCCACGGCAGCUGCUUCUACAGCAGCAGCUCCCGCUACCGCUACAACCACUAUGGAGACACCCACUGUUGCUAAAGCGAAAGCUGCUUUAGAGGCCAUUUCUGGCACACACCCCAUUUACAUGGACUUUCAAGCCACCUCUCCCCUUGACUAUCGCGUGUUGGAUAGCAUGCUUCCUUAUCUUACAGGCGUGUACGGAAACCCUCAUAGUCGUACCCACGAGUAUGGCUGGGAGGCCGAAAAGGCCGUAGAAAAAGCUCGUGAAGAGGUUGCUACGGUCAUCAACGCCGAUCCUCGUGAGAUCAUCUUCACUUCUGGUGCUACAGAGUCCAAUAACACUAUACUCAAAGGUGUUGCUCGUUUCUAUCAAAAUAGAAAAAAGCACAUUAUUUCUGUUCAAACCGAACACAAGUGUGUACUUGAUUCUUUGCGUACUUUGCAGGAAGAAGGCUUUGAUGUCACCUAUCUUCCAGUUCAAACAAACGGCUUAAUUAGUCUCGACGAUUUGAAAAAAGCGAUUCGUCCCGACACUGUUCUCGUAAGUGUCAUGGCAGUCAAUAAUGAGAUUGGCGUUAUCCAGCCUCUUGAAGAAAUAGGUAAGAUUUGCCGCGCAAACAAAGUUUUUUUCCACACAGACGCUGCUCAGGGCUUUGGCAAAAUUCCCCUUGACGUUAACCGUAUGAAUAUCGACUUGAUGUCAAUUUCCGGCCAUAAGAUUUAUGGACCCAAGGGUGUCGGCGCUGCUUUCAUUCGCCGUCGCCCCCGUGUCCGUCUUGCACCCUUAUUGAGCGGUGGUGGUCAGGAACGUGGUCUUCGCAGUGGUACCUUAGCACCUCCUUUAAUUGUGGGUUUUGGCACUGCUGCCCGCCUUUGCAGGGAAGAAAUGGCUUAUGAUCACGAACAUAUUUCUAGACUUUCGAAGCGUUUGAUUAAUGGUCUUUUGGCUAUUCCUUUUACUUCUCUAAAUGGUGAUCCUAAAUCAAGAUUCCCUGGCUGUGUUAACAUUUCUUUCUCUUAUGUCGAGGGUGAGUCUUUGUUGAUGGGUCUUAAGAACAUUGCUCUUUCUUCUGGCUCUGCUUGUACUUCUGCUUCUUUAGAGCCUUCAUAUGUCCUUCGGGCUAUCGGCCAAAAUGAUGAAGAUGCUCAUAGUUCUAUUCGAUUUGGUAUUGGCAGAUACACUACAGAGGCUGAAAUUGAUUACGCUCUUGAUAACGUUCAUAAACAGAUCAACUUCCUUCGAAAUUUGAGUCCUUUGUGGGAUCUAGUGCAAGAAGGCGUUGAUCUCAGUACCAUUGAAUGGAGUUCACAUUAAUGGAUAUGUUUUCCGCUGCCAAAGAAAAAUGUCUUUUCAGCUUUCUUUAAGUUACCAAAGGUUAAUGAGCUUAUCUACGACUAAAAAUUAUAUAAUUGAUUGAUGUUAUUUGUAAUCCCUUUUUAUAUUCACAUUUAGCCGAACAUUGUUGUAUGUUUUUAUAAAAUUGAUUUAUUAUGCU